AUGGAGGACCGUAGGUGGAUGUACACUGGUCACCGUAGUAAGAGAGAUGUCAGCCCUGAGUGGAUUAAGAACACCAAUGAAUUCUUGGAACAGGCGUGGGGCGAGAAUGCUAAAGGAGCGGCUAGAAUUUUCUGUCCAUGCAGCAAGUGUGCUAACAGGAAAAGACAAACACAGGAUGUCAUGGGGGAACAUCUCUUCCUUAAUGGAUUUACGCCAAACUAUACCCGGUGGAUCCAUCAUGGUGAAGGCCAUCGUAGGAGAGAGGACGUGGUGAGACCACGUGUCGAGGAUUGUGAUGCUGAGGCUGGUGUAGUGGACAUGUUAGAUGACUAUCAUGAGGCACACGUUGCUGAAGAACUUGUAGAGGAGGAGCCUGAGGGGUCCGCAAAGGCGUUUUAUGAUAUGUUUGCCUCAGCACAGAAACCCCUUCACGGACAUACAAAAGUUUCUCAGCUGGAUGCCAUUGGACGAGUAAUGGCGUUGAAGUCGCGGUACAGCCUGAGCAGAGACACCUUUGAUGGUAUAGUGACAGUUAUUGGCAGCCUGCUUCCAGAGGGUCACAUCCUGCCAAAGAGUAUGUACGAGUCACAGAAACUUCUUCGUGCACUCAAGAUGCCGUAUGACAAGAUACAUGCCUGUUCGAACGGAUGUGUCCUGUUCAGGAAAGAAUACGCGGAAGAAAAGUACUGUCCGAAGUGUAAAUCCUCUAGGUUCUUGGAGGUUGACUCUGGUGAUGGCAACAAGAGGCAGCUUGAUAUCCCCGUGACAAUCCUACGUCACCUGCCGGCCAUACCGAGGAUCCAACGGCUUUACAUGACUGAGGAAUCCGCGAAACAGAUGACAUGGCAUAAGAAAGGGAAAUGA